AUGAGCGGCACCAUGGACAUGGAUAUUGACCUGGAUCUGGGUCCGGACCCGGAGGUUGAACAGCCCUCCCAGCCCGUUCUUCCUGAUGCGGCCGUUCACGAUGAGAUCGCCGAUCCCCUUGACGAGGAGGCCUUGUAUGAAAAAGUCCACGUUCGCGGGGUGGAUGAAAUGACCACGGACGACAUAAAGCAAUUUGCAAGCACUUAUUUCGCAGACGAAGCGCCCUCGCGAGUGGAAUGGAUUGACGACACUUCCGCGAACAUCGUUUACUCUGCUCCCGAAAUUGGACUUCAGGCUCUCGCCGCUCUGACACAGGUCAGCGAAGAAGAGGCCUCAUCCUCUCUCCCUCCGUUACGCCUACGGUCUGCAAAAAUUUUAUCCUCCUACCCCGAUUCGGUUCUCCAGGUGCGAUCCGCUGUCAAAACAGAUCGAAAGCAGCCGCGGGCUCACGAGAAAAGCCGCUUCUAUUUGAUGCACCCCGAGCAUGACCCCCGCGAGCGCUUGCGACAAGAAAUGACUGACCGGCGCCGUGGAGGUGAUUCAAACGAUGGAGAGUAUCGGCGACGUCGAUUCGACGAUCGGGAACUGCGCCGGCGCAAGGACCGAGAUCACGACGACCUUUUCGAUGUCAACAUGUAUGAUGAUCAACCCGAGGAUACCCGUCGCGCUGGUUCCGACCGUGGCCGCCCUGGAGACAAGAGACAGCGGGGGAAUGUUGAACUCUUUCCCGCAGACGAUGCAUCGUCGGGGCGACUACGCAAUCGCAGUGCGUCGCCGGGUCGUGAUACGCUUGAUGACGCAGACCAUGUCGACACGCGACGGAAGUUCCGCGAACGUUCACCACAGGCCAGCCGCCGAAACGAGGGCAGAGAGCUGUUCUCUUCUGCCGACGUCGGAGCCCGUGAAUUAUUCCCCAACAAAACCUCCUCGAGCUACCUCAAGAAAGAAACGGUGCCUAGCAAGCCCAGCAACCACCGCCGUUCGGACGCGUUCGAUGCGGCUGAUGAGACGCCUGAUCUGCUGGGUAGGAGAAUAUCGGUACCCUCCGCAGAUACCACUUCUGGCAGAAGGAAACGCAAUAUUGAGUUGUUCCCCGACUCCGGUGCCGCGAAAGUUGACCGAUCAGUUGACCAGGGUGCUGCUCUGCGAAAUGCUGGGCAGGGAAUUUCAAUCAAGGGUCGAGGUGCAUCAGUUCGUGAGCUUUUCCCGGGCAAUUUCAAAGAGAACACGGGCAAGGAAUUGUUCUCCGAGAAGCUCGACGGGCGUGGAGGUCGUCGCCAACGCGCAGAGGAUCUAUUUGGCUGA